AUGAGACCAUUUCUCAAGAAGGCACCCAUUAAAGCCCUGCGUCAGGCUUCUGGCUAUUCUGGCUCCCUCAGCAACCUGCGUGUCCAAUGGGCUCGUCCUGAUAUCGGACGAACUUCUCUUUCUGCCAAUGCAUCCACCCAGGCUGACGUUCUGGCUCGAUACCAGGAUAAGCUGAAGCAGAAGGCUGCCGCCGAGGGCGUGGAGUCUGUUGACGAGCUCAAGGAGAAGCUUGCUCCAGAGAUUGAGGCUACUCUCAAGAAGCUCAAUGAGUCUGAUCCUCUCGCCAAGGUGCUGGAACAGGCCUGGAGUGAAAAAAAGACGAUCCUUGAAGAGGGAGGAGAGGAGGCCAAGACUCUGACUGAGAAGCUUGGCGAGGUUCCCCCCGUUCCGAAGAACGAGCUCAAGAACCUCGACAGCUUCGUCAAGCUGGACAAGUUUAAGGAACUUGGAAAGCAAGAAAUUGAGUUCCUGUGGAGAGCCCGACAUAUUAACAACGAGCGCGCUCUGUGUGCUGUCGUUGACCCCCAGCUCUUCUACAAGAUGUUCCUCAAUGGCCGAAAGCACCCCAUGUUCGUUCUGCCACUGCCCAAGGGAGACGAGGGAUGUGAGAUGCACAUUGUGCAGUGGAACUUUGUUGGAGAGCACCUGACCCACGUCAUCUUCACCACUCUGGCCGAGUUCAAGCUCCACCAGGACUUCGCUAGACCCCAUACAACUCUCAUGUUCCACACUGACCUUGCUGCUGACAAGGACUGUGUUCUUCUGAAUGGUCAGGUCGAGAAGGACUCUGCCAUGUCUCUCCAGGAUGCCCAGUUCCUUAUCCUGGCUCUCCAGGAGUUCUACGGAGCUACCAUCACCGACCCAGAGACCACAAAGCGACGACAAGCUCUUCUGCAGUCCUUCACAGAGGGCUCCGACAACUUCCCCAUCGAUAUGGUGAUCGAGGAGAUUGAGGCUUUCACCAAGUGA